GCUCAUACUCUGACAAGGUUUUAUUCGACGAGUUGCUUUCUCGCGUUGCUCUAAACCCUUAAGAACGUCGAGUAUCCUAGUCUUGCGCGCGGGAUGCCUCGAGAAAUCGUGACCGUGCAACUGGGCCAGUGCGGCAACCAAAUGGGUUCCGUGUUCUGGCAGCGGCUGUGUGCGGAGCACGGCAUUAACAAAGAGGGCAUUCUAGAGGAGUGGGCUACUGAGGGCGGCGAUCGCAAGGACGUAUUCUUCUACCAAGCCGACGACGAGCACUACAUUCCCCGUGCUAUUCUGGUCGAUCUUGAGCCUCGAGUAAUCAACGGCAUAUUGACAUCGCCGUAUGCAAACUUGUACAACCCAGAAAACAUAUUCGUCUCAAAAGACGGGGGUGGCGCCGGGAACAACUGGGCGCAAGGUUAUUCCGCCGGCGAACGAAUAUACGAAGAAGUCAUGGAGAUGGUCGACCGAGAAGCCGAGGGCAGCGACUCUCUAGAGGGUUUCAUGCUCAUGCACUCAAUAGCUGGCGGAACCGGCUCGGGCCUGGGGUCCUUCUUACUCGAACGGCUUAACGACAAAUUCCCUAAGAAGCUCAUCCAAACGUACUCUGUCUUCCCCAACGCGCAAGAGGGAGACGUUGUCGUACAACCAUACAACGCGCUGCUCACGCUGAAGCGACUUACAAACCAUGCAGAUUCGGUCGUCGUGCUCGAUAACGGCGCAUUAGCUCGAAUAUCUGCCGAUAGGUUACACGUACAAACGCCAACCUUCGACCAGACAAAUCAGCUCGUGUCCACAGUAAUGGCGGCGAGCACGCAAACACUAAGAUACCCUGGUUAUAUGAACAACGACCUCGUAGGGAUCAUCGCAUCGCUGAUCCCUACGCCACGAUGUCACUUCCUCAUGACCUCAUAUACACCCUUCACCAGCGACCAGAUCGACAAGGCUAAGCCAAUCAGGCGUACGACUGUGCUCGAUGUCAUGCGUCGCCUCCUCCAACCCAAGAACCGCAUGGUCUCAACGACGCCCAGCAAGACCGCCUGCUACGUCUCAAUACUGAACAUUAUUCAGGGCGACGUUGACCCUACCGAUGUCCAUCAAUCGCUGCUCCGCAUCCGCGAGCGCCAGCUCGCAAACUUCAUCCCAUGGGGCCCGGCUUCCAUCCAGGUCGCGCUGACACGCAAGUCACCCUACAUCGCGACCAACCACCGGGUGAGCGGCCUCAUGCUCGCGAACCACACGAGUAUCGCCUCCCUCUUCAAACGCAUGAUUGACCAAUUCGACCGGCUGCGGAAGCGCAAUGCGUUCGUCGAGCAGUACAAGAAGGAGAAGAUGUUCGAGAACGGUCUCGAGGAGUUCGACGAUGCGCGCGCAACUGCCGAGGAACUGCUCAAAGAAUACAAAGCCUGCGAGAGUCCUGACUACAUCACAUACGUCACAGCUUGUAUAAUCACCCUCUCAAAACAUAUUCAAAACAUUGGCAAUGUUGUCAUGCGAUAA